GUCUGAUCCGCCUGCAGGAGCUGAUCAAAGCCCCUUCCAGGUACAACAUCAAAAUCAAGAUCCGGCAGCUGCCCGCGGGGAACAAGGACGCCAGGCCCCUGCUGAAGGAGAUGAAGAAAGGCAAAGAGUUUUAUGUCAUCUUCGACUGCUCACACGAAACAGCAGCUGAGAUCCUCAAACAGGUACAGGGAGGGAGAUGGAGCACAGAAACCCCAAUGGACCUGUUCGCCCUGGACCUGGAGCCCUACAGGUACAGCGGGGUCAACAUGACGGGAUUUCGGCUGCUCAACAUCGACAGUCCCCAGGUGGCSGCCGUGGUGGAGAAAUGGUCCAUGGAGCGGCUGCAGGCGCCCCCCAAACCCGAGACCGGGCUGCUCGAUGGCAUGAUGACCGUGGCCGUGGCCUCCCAGCGCGCAGCCCAGCUGGCCGUCAGCUCCCUGCAGUGCCACCGCCACAAGCCCUGGCGCUUCGGGCCCCGCUUCAUCAACCUCAUCAGGGAGGCAAGUGCACACCGGGUUACUGACGGGUUAAUUGAGAUUUUAACCGCSAUUGCUCCCUCACAGCUCUGCAGAAGGGCUCCCUGGCCAUUUUUAAUGAAGCGCUCUGUUUGUUUUCCCUUUUACAAGGCUGCUGGCGAGGGUUCUAAGCAUUUAUAUAAAGUGUGGAAGAAGAUCGGGGUCUGGAACUCCUACAGUGGCCUUAACAUGACGGACAGCAACAAGGACAGGUCCACCAACAUCACCGACUCCUUGGCCAACCGCACGCUCAUCGUCACCACCAUCCUGGAAGACCCCUAUGUCAUGUACAAGAAGUCUGACAAGCCCUUGUACGGCAAYGACAGAUUCGAGGGGUACUGCCUGGACCUGCUCAAGGAGCUCUCCAACAUUUUGGGAUUCAUCUACGAGGUCAAGCUGGUGUCUGAUGGCAAAUACGGGGCCCAGAACGACAAGGGAGAGUGGAACGGGAUGGUCAAGGAGCUCAUUGAUCAUAAAGCUGACCUGGCUGUGGCUCCUCUCACCAUCACCUACGUCAGGGAGAAGGUGAUCGACUUCUCCAAGCCCUUCAUGACGCUGGGGAUCAGCAUYUUGUACCGCAAGCCCAACGGGACCAACCCGGGCGUUUUCUCCUUCCUGAACCCGCUGUCCCCGGAUAUUUGGAUGUACGUGCUCCUGGCCUGCCUCGGGGUCAGCUGUGUGCUCUUUGUCAUCGCCAGGUGAGCCCAAAAAGGCAUUUUCUGCACCCAAAACCUCUGCUCUCAUCGGUGUUGGUUGGACUCUGUGGUUUAGGGGGGGAUCAAACCAUCCUGUGGGGUUUUCCAAUCCUAAAACCUUUCUGCAAUCCCUUGGAAUUUUCUCAUCCGCUCUGCUGCAUCUUUUGUGUGUUGUGCUGGGGUUUGGCUUUCCUUAAGGGCUGUUCUGGGAUAAAUAUCCGAUGGAAUGGAUCAGGAGGCACCACCCCAGCAGAUCUGUGCUGAAAAGCAGCUUGUCACUGGUUUGGAGGCAUUUCCCUUUCCCACUCACGCUGCACACAGUUCAAAGGUAAAUAAAACCCCAAAGAUGAACAUGGUUUUGCAGGAGGUCCAUCCUUAGAGGUUUUUUCAGUGGAAAUGGUUCUGUGAAUCAGAGGAGAGGUUAAUCCUGAGGGCACAGAGGAGCUGAUCCCUCCCUGCAGCCCUGGGGCUGUGCACGAUCAGUCACGGCUUCCCCGGGCUCCUGCAGGGCUCCCUGGACCGUAAAUAAUCGCUGCACUGUGCUCCAUCGUGAGCUCAUUCAUGACUGAUCUCAGAUCUGCUCUGCUCUGACACGUUGCCUUUGCUGCCGUUGUGAGCCAAGGCUGAGAACACCCCCAGCCCUCUG